GAGGAGAAGAGCACCGAUCCUAUAGAGGAGGCCAAGCAGCAUGCUGAUCAGGGACCGAUGAGCGGCCGGUCCUGGAUGGCACCUCUCCCCUGUCCUUGCCAUCAGCAGAUCGCUGUGUGUGCUGACAUCGGGGAUGGAAGGAUGGCACUGCAGGGCUGAGAUCGGAGCCAUGGUGCACCUGUACCUGCUGCUAUAGAGGAGCCCAUCCAUCCAUCCAUCCCUCCCUGUGUCUGUCCAUAUCCCCCUCCCGGAUCCGGAGUGACAGUGGCUGCGCGGACCUCUCCGCUCCCUCCCAUCCAUCGCCUUGGCGUUGCUUGCUGGAUGUGUAUGCAUGACUUCUGCACCGAAUGGGCGCAACAAUCGCCCCAGGUCCCAGGGAUCCAUCUUCCAGAUCGGCGGCAAAUCUCUCCCCAGGGACCUUGAUCGCAGGGGGAGCUCGGAGAGCACCCUCAAAUCCCAGAGAGCCCUGGACCACUGCAAGAUGCUUGUCCAGGAUUUCAACACCCAGGUGGCUUUGUACCGUGAAUUAGUCAUUUCCAUCGGGGAUGUGUCAGUAAGCUGUCCCUCCCUACGGGCCGAAAUGCAGAAAACUCGAACCAAAGGUUGUGAGAUGGCUCUGCAAGCGCACCAAAAACUCUCAGCAAUCUCCGGAGCAGAAGAUGGGGAGAUCCACCCAGAGAUCUGCAGACUUUAUAUCCAGCUUCAGUGCUGCCUAGAAAUGUAUACAACUGAAAUGCUGAAAUCUAUGUGUCUUCUGGGCUCCCUCCAGUACCAGCGGAAAGGAAAAGAGCAGUGUGUUGGUCCAAAGAUAAUAGACUACAAAAUGGAUGAGAGUUCUGAAGUUCCAAUCUUAGAAGACACAUCAUCAUCCCCAGUAGAUGUCCAGCAGUGUUGGCAGAUUUCCACAGACAUUGACAACACAGAGAGAGACAUGAGGGAAAUGAAAAACCUCUUAAGCAAACUCAGGGAGACCAUGCCUUUGCCAUUAAAAAACCAAGACGACAGUAGCCUCCUCAACUUAACACCAUACCCACUUGUCAGAAGAAGAAAGCGAAAAUUCUUUGGAUUGUGUUGCCUCAUCACCAGUUAAAAAAUAAUAAAGAAAAGCCAUUAUUUCCACAGAUACGUUAUAAUUUGACCUUUGCUGUCAUAUAUCGUAUUGAGGUUGGUUGACCCAUUAUGUAUUCAGUGUUGCCUAAACUGCCUUUUUCAGAACUUUUGUUAUGGUCCUGGAAGCAAAUGACAUUGUUUGACCUAUGAACUGGUCCAAAAACUGUCAGUGACUGGAUGGAACAUUUCCAAACAGACUUUAUGAACACUUAAAGUUCUCAAGCAUAAAAUAUGCAAACUGCUUUGAUGUCCUAGUAUUGUGCUAUAGGGAAAGCAUCCCAUCAGCAUCGCAAUGAAGAUUCCGUAUGGAGAUGGUGACAGCAAUUGUUAUUGAUGUUAUCAAAGGCCAAUAACUGUACCUUGGUUUGUAUUUUAUUUUUUUGUCUUAAUCAUAAUUAGUCUUCCACAAUGCACCAGGAUUAAGUCCAAGACUUCAGCCAAGUUUCUAACCUGUUAUAUCGAGGAUGAAAACUAGGUAUCUGACUUGUAAAUAUUACUGUAAGCUUGAUGAUGAUCAUCAGUAUUUUCCUUCCAUUUGAAUGGUGUGAUUUUCACAAUUUUGAAAAUGUUACACAUAUAUAUGAAGGUAGUGUAUUCAGUCCCCUCCUUCCUUCCUCCAAUAUAUCCCCAUAUCCUAGUAAGAACAACUUAUCAUAUAUUGUUACAAUAGAACGUUAAAGCAUGGUGUCUGCACAUAGUGUUAUAACUGAUAGGGCAUGCCAAACUUAGCUCUGAUUGUAAAAUAUCCUACAUUUUACAUUGUUAAUAAAACAUUUUUUAGUUAAA